CCCCCUCCGUCUGUGUAUCACUGUUUGGGGGGCUUUAAUCAGGUUUUAAACGCUUAUUAUCACUUCUCCCUGCCCCCCUCCGCUUUCCCCACGCGGCCCCCCACCUUCACCUCCCCAAGUUCUUCACCCCUUUCAACAUUGUUUUCUCAAGGCUGACGGGGGGGGGGGGUGGAAGAGAAAGAGUGAAGAAAAGUCGCAAACGUCUUCUCUCGAAGCUUCCCGCCCCCACCCGCCCCUCUGCGAGGGAGAAGAUAAUAUACUGAAAAGAAGAGGAGGAGGAGAGCGCGACGGGACGGACGCGAGCGGGAGCGCAGCCGCCCGCCCGGCUCCGCGGCGGCGCCGAGGGGGCCCGAGGGGAGACGCCGCGACAACGUUCUUUUCCCCCGGAGGGAGUCGGGAGGUCGGCGGCCCCAGAAGAUUUUCAGUCCAGCAUAAAGCUGUUGGAGCGAGGAGCAAAGGUAAAGAAUGAUGUAAUGUGCUGGCUGCCCCAAAGCAUCUUUUGUUGUGGAAUGGUUAUUCCAGUCAUCUCUUUAUGAAUCAAAUGUGAGGGGCUGCUUUGUGGAAGGAAUCCUUUGCAAGAGCACAUCAACGGGGAAAGAGAAAGGGACAUUCACUUGGAGGGCUCUUGCUGAAAAUGGGUUUAACUCUCCUUUUGCCAGUCACCACCAGCCUGACCUCAUACAUUUUUAGUACAAUGGAGUGGCUGAGCCUUUGAGUACACCACCAUUACAUCAUCGUGGCAAAUUAAAGGAGGAGGUGGGAAAAGAAGACUUAUUGUUGUCAUGGCCCAUGAGAUGAUUGGAACUCAAAUUGUUACUGAGAGGUUGGUGGCUCUGCUGGAAAGUGGAACGGAAAAAGUGCUGCUAAUUGAUAGCCGGCCAUUUGUGGAAUACAAUACGUCCCACAUUUUGGAAGCCAUUAAUAUCAACUGUUCCAAGCUUAUGAAGCGAAGGUUGCAACAGGACAAAGUGUUAAUUACAGAGCUUAUCCAGCAUUCAGCAAAACAUAAGGUUGAUAUUGAUUGCAGUCAGAAGGUGGUCGUUUAUGACCAGAGCUCCCAAGAUGUUGCCUCCCUGUCUUCAGACUGUUUUCUCACUGUACUUCUGGGUAAACUGGAGAAGAGCUUCAGCUCCGUUCACCUGCUCGCAGGUGGGUUUGCGGAGUUCUCCCGUUGUUUCCCUGGCCUCUGUGAAGGAAAAUCUGCUAUUGUCCCUACCUGCAUUUCUCAGCCUUGCCUACCUGUUGCCAACAUUGGGCCAACCCGAAUUCUUCCCAACCUUUAUCUUGGCUGCCAGCGAGAUGUCCUCGACAAGGAGCUGAUGCAGCAGAAUGGGAUUGGUUAUGUGUUAAAUGCCAGCAAUACCUGCCCUAAGCCCGACUUUAUUCCCGAGUCUCAUUUCCUGCGAGUGCCUGUGAAUGAUAGCUUCUGCGAGAAAAUUCUGCCGUGGUUGGACAAAUCAGUCGAUUUCAUUGAGAAAGCGAAAGCCUGCAACGGCUGCGUCCUGGUGCACUGUUUAGCUGGCGUCUCUCGCUCGGCCACCAUCGCUAUCGCCUACAUCAUGAAGAGGAUGGACAUGUCCUUAGACGAAGCUUACAGAUUUGUGAAAGAAAAAAGACCGACCAUCUCUCCCAACUUCAAUUUUCUGGGCCAGCUCCUGGACUACGAGAAGAAGAUUAGGAACCAGGCCGGCACGUCGGGGCCGAAGAGCAAACUGAAGCUGCUGCACCUGGAGAAGCCGAGUGAGCCCGUCGCCGCGGCCUCCGAGGGCGGCCGGAAGGGCGAGCCGCGCCUCGCGCCCCGCGCCCACCCCCCUACCUCGGAGGCGGCGGCGGGGCGGCGGCCGGCGCAGCCCGGGGAGGACGCGCCGCUGGCCCAGGCGCUGAGCGGCCUGCACCUGCCGCCGGCCGGGCUGGAGGACAGCCGCAAGCUCCGGCGCUCCUUCUCCCUGGACAUCAAGUCCGUCUCGUACGCGGCCGGCGCGGCGGCCGCGCUGCACGGCUUCCCGCCGGCGGAGGAGGCCCGCGACUACUACAAGCCGUCCGCCGGCCUCGACGGGCCCGGCAAGCUCUGCCAGUUCUCUCCGGUCGAGGAGGUGUCGGAGCAGAGCCCGGAGGCCAGCCCGGACCCGGAGGAAGCGGGCGGCCCCGGGCAGCCCCGGGCGGCCAGGCCCGCCGAGAGCCCGGCCAAGCGGCUGCACGCGGCGCGCGGCGGCGGCGGCGGCGGCGCGCGGCCCCUCUGGGCGCCGCUGCAGCGGAGCGGGAGCGUGGAGGACAACCGGCACGCCAGCUUCCUCCUGGGCCUGUCGGCCGGCCCGCAGCGCCUCGCCCAGCCCGCCGCCGGCCUGGGCCUCAAGGGCUGGCACUCCGACAUCCUGGCGCCCCACGCGUCCGCGCCCGGCCUCGGCGGCGGGUGGUACUUCGCCGCGGAGCCGCCGCGCUUCUACUCGGCCUCCGCCGUGUUGGCGGGCGGCGCCGGCUACUCGGCCUUCAGCGGCGGCCAGCUGCCCACCGGCGGCGACGCGGGCCCCUCCGUGCGCCGGCGGCACAAGGCCAGCGACCGGCCCGACUCGCGGCGCAGCUGGCACGAGGAGAGCCCCUUUGAGAAGCAGUUUAAGCGCAGAAGCUGCCAGAUGGAGUUCGGCGAGAGCAUCAUGGCCGAGAACAGGUCGCGGGAAGAGCUGGGCAAGGUGGGCAGCCAGUCUAGCUUCUCCGGCAGCAUGGAGGUCAUCGAGGUGUCCUGAGGCGGCGGCCGCUCGGGGCUUCCACUGACGAGGUUUUUCUUGUUCACACAAAAAAAUAUUCCCUGUAAAUCUGAAAGAUGUGUAUGUACACACAUAUAUAUUUCUGGGAGAUGGAGCUGUGGUGUGAAAGCAAAAGAUGGAUCCCCACAGGUGGUCGCUCAACGCCUGCGCGUGAGAGGCCAGCUCCUCUUCUCACCACAGGUGGGAGGCAGGUGCGCGGGUUCCUCCGAGACAGACAGACGGUCUGCAGCGGUUGCACACCCUCCUGUCCCUGACAACUCCGGCGCUCCGUGGUGUCGGAGGAGGAACCCCCCGCCACUUAAUUUUCCUGUCGUGCCCCAGGAGCUCCGGAGCCCUAGUCUCUGUCCGGCCCCUUCCGUAGUGCACCUUAGCGCUGAGACUGAGCCAGCUCGUGGGUCAGGCGGCCAGGCCCCAGCAGGGACGCAGCCUCGUGGUAGCCGCAAGAGAAACGAUCGCAGCCGAAGCGAUUCGCGCAUCCACGCUCACCCGGCAGCCGAUGCGCGCAUCACUCAGAGGCCUUGCCGUGGUCUCCUUCAGAGCACACCCAGUACCUCAGACUGCAAGUCGGGGGCUCACCCCUACCCAGUCCGGGAGCCUGUACCCCAGGUCUUGUGAGUAGGUAGGUAGGUAGCUAGGCACGCUUCGCAGACCAGUUCAGACGAUCUCCGCACAAACUUCCAGAUGGGCCUGGUUACUUGUUUUCUCCUCCUCCUCAGCUUUAUGAAGAGAAGGGAGACCAUCUAGGAUUCAGUUUUAACAGCUGGGGUCUGGCAGCAGAACGACUGAAGCUCAGGUCGGGAGGCUAACCAAGUCUACCUCCCUCCCUGUUAAGUCAGAGAAUUGUUUGGAACGGUGUCGUUACUUUGGCUGAAGCCAGAUGGGAAGGUACUUGGGUUGCUGCCAGAGGAGCAGAACCUUCAAGUUCUCGGCCGGAGUAGAGUUUUUCCCCCUUCGGUCUUGCUGCACAGAUCUGUUUUGUCGAAACCUAACAGGUAGGUAGAAUGUUAUAGGCAGCUACCAAGAGGGAGAAAAAACACAGAUUAGAGAACUAAAAUUGCUGAGGAGGAGCAGGAACCUCCCAUUUUUUUCUCUCCAUGGUUUUGUUUCCCUCAGCACGGGACAAGGGUGGUAGCUCUGUUGUUCCCUUUCCGGUUACUCACGGGCUGAGAGGCUGGUUAAGUCAGGAGUGUUGAGCAUGAAACAACAGUACAGGGAGGCGAGGGGAGGCUGGUUGGAUUUGAUUCGUUGUGAGCAGAGUGGAAAACCACAGCCAAGCUCUUCUCAGAAACUGUCCCCAGCAUUUUUUUUGUACAAGGGACACAUCAAAAUGGAGCAGGACCAAGGUGGUCUCUCGGCCUUUGACCUACAAUCACUGUAUGGAAUUAAUCCUGGCAGCUGAAAAUAGGAGGUGAUUGGAACAAGGACCCAAGUGAUAGUACGUACCUGCUUUUAAACUUCCUGGCUUGAGCCUUGUCCACUACAGUAUGGCCCUCUUUGGAAGCCUUAAUUCACGUCAGCAGCUUGGGGGCGGGGGGGGGGGGGGGGGGGGAGGGGGGGGUUGUUCUUUACUCUAAGUGUAGCUAGUUGCUGACUCAUAUCUCAGGUUUUUCCGUGUUGGAGAAAUGGAUAGUCCUUUGACUAGGAUGUGACUUCAUGUUUCCUGUGAUGACUGCUGAAGCCAGCGUAGGAUGAAUGGCGUGACUCAAAACUGACUGACUGGUUCACAACGAUGCGGAGCUUCGUGUAACCUAACUGGUGGUGUACAAAUAACGCGCUGGGAUCUGGGUGUAGGGCGAAGGCAGGAAGAGAGGACGCUGCUCAGGGACGUCAUUGUCACUAUACUGAAAAAGUUCUGUUCAAUGAUCUGAGUUUUUCCAUAUCCAUUUAAAUUUGGGAUGUAAUCAGACACUGCAGCUUUCACAGAGUUCUUUUUUGACAUGUUCCGUAUAUACACACACCCUUCUUCCAGGGUCUGGUCACAGCCGUGGGACACUUUUGAGAAGUGAAAGGAAUAGCUCCAAUCUUAAGGGUGUCCUGGGAAGGUUGGGGGCCUUGGUCUUAACAUCUCCCUGGGCAAAAAUUGGCCUUCCAUCAUUUGGGAUUUCUCUUGGCCCCGGUCCCCUUCCUCCCUGUGACUGAUGACGUAGGCAGACGCUACAGCCUUUAGUCCUUGGUUACAGAUGUCACGGAUCAGUUCUUGGGAGCAGGAUUGCCAUGCCUCGGGGUCAAGCCCUGCGCUGCUUGGGGGUGGCUGGCUGGCUGUCUUCAGUCCGGGAUCGCAGGGGAAGCCCCCAAGUCUGCCGGGGUGCUACUGAGCAGUGAUUUCUAGAGAGCAAAACCAGACUUCUGUGAGAGAAAUGCCGGACGAGGGCUUAGAACGUUUGUCAAGUUAGAUGGAAAGACUGUAUAAAUGUUGACUAUGAAUAUAGUGCUCUUUUGGAGUAAGGCGCUGUUGAAUGGUUAAAUUGUGCAUUUCUCCUGUUGAUGUUCAUGUAUGUUAAUAUGAAAUAAAAUCAAAACUGGUACCUGUUUAUACAUAA